CCCCCAGGCUCGCGCGGCUGGGCGCGGCGCCGGGGCCCGUCGCUGCGGCGGUCGUGGCCGGCGGGGGAGCCGGGGCCGGAGCCGAUCGCGAGGCUUAGAAAAAACCCUGGGCUUCGUGAUUCUAUCAUCAGUUAAUUUUGUCCUAGUGCUAAUCUGUUGUCAUGUUGAAGUUAAAGUGCUCAGAGUCGGUCAGAGUAGUAGUACGAUGCCGACCGAUGAACAGCAAAGAGAAAGUGGCUUCCUACGAACAAGUGGUUGAAGUAGAUGUGAAAUUGGGGCAGGUAUCUGUGAAGAACCCAAAGGGAACUUCUCAUGAGCUACCAAAAACAUUCACCUUUGAUGCUGUUUAUGACUGGAAUUCCAAACAGUUUGAACUGUAUGAUGAGACUUUCCGGCCCCUGGUGGACUCGGUACUCCAGGGGUUCAAUGGAACCAUUUUUGCUUAUGGGCAAACUGGGACAGGGAAAACGUACACCAUGGAAGGUGUGCGUGGAGACCCUGAGAAAAGAGGAGUCAUUCCCAAUUCGUUUGACCACAUCUUCACCCAUAUUUCUCGGUCUCAGAACCAGCAGUAUCUGGUGAGGGCAUCUUAUUUGGAGAUCUACCAAGAAGAAAUCAGAGACUUACUAUCAAAGGACCAGUCCAAGAGGCUGGAAUUGAAAGAGAGGCCUGAUACAGGAGUCUAUGUAAAGGAUUUAUCAUCAUUUGUCACAAAAAGUGUCAAAGAAAUAGAACAUGUUAUGAAUGUAGGAAACCAGAAUCGUUCGGUUGGAGCUACCAAUAUGAAUGAACACAGUUCCCGUUCCCAUGCCAUUUUUGUGAUCACCAUUGAAUGCAGCGAGGUUGGGCUUGAUGGAGAGAACCACAUACGUGUUGGAAAGCUUAAUCUGGUGGACCUUGCAGGCAGUGAGCGUCAGUCUAAGACAGGAGCCCAGGGGGAAAGGUUGAAGGAAGCAACUAAGAUCAAUCUCUCUCUCUCUGCUUUGGGCAAUGUCAUAUCCGCCCUAGUGGAUGGCAAAAGCACUCACAUCCCCUACCGGGACUCAAAGCUCACCCGACUGCUUCAGGAUUCCUUGGGUGGCAAUGCCAAGACUGUGAUGGUAGCCAACAUUGGCCCUGCCUCAUAUAAUGUUGAGGAGACCUUGACCACUUUGCGAUAUGCCAACCGUGCCAAGAACAUCAAGAACAAGCCAAGAGUCAAUGAAGAUCCCAAAGAUGCACUCCUACGGGAAUUCCAAGAAGAAAUUGCUCGACUCAAGGCACAGCUGGAAAAAAGGUCUACUGGCAAGAGGAAGAAGAAGGAGAGGAGGAGAGAUGGAGGUAUUGGUGAGGAGGAGGAAGAGGAGGAGGAAGAGGAGGAGGAGGAGGGUGAAGAAGAGGAAGGGGUUGACAAAGAUGACUACUGGAAAGAACAGCAAGAGAAGCUGGAGAUAGAGAAGAAAGCCAUCCUGGAGGAUCACAGCUUGGUAGCUGAGGACAAGAUGAGGCUGCUGAAGGAGAAGGAGAAGAAGAUGGAAGACCUGAAACGUGAAAAAGAAGCAGCUGAAAAGCUGGGUGCCAAAAUCAAGGCAAUGGAAAGCAAGCUUCUUGUUGGUGGAAAAAACAUUGUCGAUCACACAAAUGAGCAGCAGAAAAUCUUGGAACAGAAGCGGCAAGAGAUUGCUGAGCAGAAACGACGGGAACGAGAAAUCCAGCAGCAGAUGGAAAGUCAGGAUGAGGAGACCUUGGAGCUGAAGGAGACCUAUAGCUCCUUACAGCAGGAGGUGGACAUAAAAACUAAAAAACUGAAAAAGCUGUUUUCUAAGCUGCAAGCCGUGAAGGCUGAAAUCCAUGACCUUCAGGAGGAGCACAUCAAAGAGAGACAAGAACUGGAGCAAACCCAGAACGAACUGACCCGGGAGCUGAAGCUGAAGCACUUGAUUAUUGAAAACUUCAUUCCCUUAGAAGAGAAGAACAAGAUCAUGAACAGAUCUUUCUUUGAUGAGGAGGAGGACCAGUGGAAACUUCACCCCAUCACCCGCUUAGAGAACCAACAGAUGAUGAAAAGGCCAGUGUCUGCAGUGGGGUACAAGCGGCCCUUGAGCCAGCACGCUAGGAUGUCCAUGAUGGUCCGCCCAGAAGCUCGGUACAGGGCAGAAAACAUUGUCCUGCUGGAACUGGAUAUGCCUAGUCGGACGACACGGGAUUACGAGGGCCCAGCCAUCGCCCCCAAAGUCCAGGCAGCUUUAGAAGCAGCUUUGCAAGAUGAAGACGAGAUCCAAGUAGACGCGUCCACUUUUGAGAGCACGUCGAACAAGAAGUCAAAAUCCCGGCCUAAAACUGGAAGGAAGCCUGGCAGCUCCCCCUCCAGUGCCUCUGGCUCUCCGCUCUAUCCCCAGUCUCGCGGGCUGGUCCCAAAGUAAAACCAGCGGCUCCUCGUCAGGGCACGCCUGACCAAUCUUUUGCCGUAGACGCAGAGGCAAAUAACAACCUGCAAGGGGGACUUGAAGGCCAGAGCCCUAAAGAAUGCCUUUUGAGAAGCAACAGCAGCCCCUUCUGCAGCUAAUUUGCAUCUGGGAGGACAGGUUUACGAUGGACGUCUCGUCCGCACCAAGGGACCGUGUGUUCCUUGGGCCGAGGGGUCUAAGGCGAAUGAGACCUUAGUUAGGAAUCCGAAAUGCAUGAAUUACAGUAGUGUGUGUUAGAAGCCAAGGGGAGCACGUGGGUCCCCUUGCCCCCUUGCCUUCUCUCCCCCUUUUCCGGUUGUUCUGUUGCCCCUGGCGCUCCUACCCCCCGAGCCAGAGGCAGUUUUGGUGGCAUCACCUCGAUGACACCUAGAAAUAUACUGAGGUUGAGGAGCGACAAGGGGAUUUUGCUAGCUGUGACGACUUUCCCCCCUUUCCAUUAGAAGACCAGCACCGUGUGGUGGGGUGGGGCGAGAGGGUGGAAAAGCCUGUAAACUGGGAAAGGGGGGAGAUUGAAACACACCGCAGAAGCUCUUUGUGCAAACGCAGACCAAGGGCGAGCUUUUGAAACUGGCUCUCCUUUUUUCUGCAACAGAAGUAAUAGGAAGCUCAUCAAUCCUUUGCCUGUUUGCAAGCAGUAAUAAGAAAAAUAGUUCCAGGUGGAUCAGUUCCUGGAGACCACAGCCGUGAAGACCAGCAGGGGCUACCUGGUCUAACAGUAAUCCUUACAUCAACACCUGGCUCCAAGCUCCAUCUUCCGUCUUCCCCUGCUCACGCUCUCAUUCCCGUGCGCUACAGCCUGGGGGCAUUUUGCAGCUGAUGCUCCCCUGUCUUCCACUGUCCGCGUCGCGUACGUGGCCUUGUGGAAGGGUCUCCAGUUUCCCUCCCAGAAGGAAGGAAACCUUUGGGGGCGGGUUCUGCUCUCCUAUCAGUUAUAGCAUUAGGCCUGAGCAGAGCCUGGGGGGAAAGGGAUUCCGAGGGCGAGGCUCCCGACAGGCGUUUUGGUCGAGGGAGGCUCUCGUCCCUCUCCCCCUUUGCUCCAAGCCUCGUAGCAAAGCUGGCAAGCUACCAAGCAGCGUGUGGGAAGCGAGAUGCUGCUGAAUGGGGUGGGGUCAGAAGGCUGAAGACUGUGCCCUCCCCUCAUACUGUUUUAUAGUUCAGUUUGUAUAUUCAACAUUUUUGCAUAUUGCAAGUUCAGUUGUAUGGGUUUUUUUUUUUAUGUUGAUGGUUGUACUGUGAAUAUAUUUUCAUCAGCUUCUUCUCUGUCCAUGUUCCUCAACUGAAUGAGUGUGUACGUGUGCACGUGUCUGUGAGAACUCGUCUUAGACGUACUCUAAGCAUGAGACCUCUUCGUUGUGUCCUCGUUGUGUGUUCUCCGAGCCACUCUAUUCCGGGGGCACAGUGGUUCCACGGUCUGUCACCCUGUGAGUCAGGACAUCCCAAGGGGCAUCUUGCUGGCAUGGUGCCUCAGGAGGCCCAGCCUUGCUCCACAGACCCUCUGCUCUGAAUUAGCCAGGUGUAUUUCUGGACUGGAGAGAAGCUGAUCAGCCAUUGCUCUUGCAUGGAUCAGAGGGACACAGGACUACCUUCCUUCAUUUGGAGAGUGGGUUGGCCUUUUAGAGUCCCGUAAGAGAGCCACUUACCGUUGCUCUGCCAAGUUCAUCCCCUGCUUUGCUGUAGUGUUUAAUCCCCUUUGUAAUUAAAGAAAACAAUUGACUGACUUACGUGCGGAAGUUCAGUGACAAUGAAUCCAAAGAUUAUAAAGUAUGCAAGGUUGAAGCCAUGCACCAUCCUGUUGCUUUUUACUGUGAACAGGCAGGGCAGACAAGGCCUGAUCAGAGCUCUACCAACCUGCUUGGCAAGAACUCAGUGGAAACAGAAGAGGGGGCACUUAAUUAUUUCCCUAACGGCUGCAUUUCUACCUUAAGACACUUUGAACAAUUUGAGUCAACUGUUUUCCCCGUGUCUAAAACUUUUCUCCAUCUUACCUUUCAUGUACUGUCCUCCUAGAGUGUUUUCUGAUGUUCUCUAAAGCUGACACCCCUUUGGAGAUAUUUACUAAGCUGUGGUGUCAGCUACUGUCUUGUUAUCUACGGCAGCCUUCCCUGACUUGGUAUCCCCGGAGGUGUUGAACUGAUUCAUCAAAUCCCAUGCCAGCUAGGAACUCUAGAAGUUGGUACCACGCUGGACAGACAGGGGACCCCUUAAGGCCUGUGGAAGAUUGCACUCACUGGGCUCCUUACCUGUGUAAGUCCCACUGGAAUAAGAAGCUUCUCUUGGUUUCAGCGGGACUCACAUAGGAAUAUUAUCCGGCGGGUGGGAUGUGAGAGAUGCUACUGUCUCCUGCAAGAAAUGCUUCCUUCCUGGGGUUAUACCUAACCGACUACUGUUUUCUUUAUCUGUACAUAAAGAGCAAUGUCAAUAGUUCUUUUCCUGUUCAUGGAUUUAAAGCUUGUAUCUGUAAUAGCCUCUCUUGUCUAGGAAUGUAAAAGUGCUCCUGAAAAAGUAUAAUAAAAACCAUCUGGAUUUAUUGUA